GCGAUAAAUUCCGAGCCGUUUCUUCCCGCCUCUCUCACAGGAGCCUGUGUCCUGCCGCUGCGCUCACAUGACUGGUCUGUUUCCACAAACAACAACAACAACAACAACAACAACGUUUGCAGCAUGUCUGGAGUAACUGCUUACAACAUAAUGGGAAGCUUUGAGCGUUGCGCACCACUCUGUAUUUACGUGGCGUUUGCUCGCGCGCUGCGUCGCUGAUCAAGUCUCGUGCAGUUCUGACGAUAAAAACCGUCGCCUCGCUUGACAGCAAGAGUUAUUACGUCACAGCGUGGAAACGGGGUCAGGGUGGUAAACUUUCAGUUUUGAUUUUUGUGUUUACCUCUUCGAGAUGGCGGGGGGCAUUACAGAGACAGGGGAGCCUUACUCACCUUUUGUUGGCCUGGUGUAUAUGUUCAAUCUGAUUGUCGGCACCGGUGCCCUGACGAUGCCCAAGGCUUUUGCAACAGCUGGUUGGGCAGUCAGCUUGUCCCUCAUUUCAUUUUUGUCUUUUAUGAGUUUCAUGACCACCACAUUUGUAAUUGAAGCCAUGGCUGCUGCCAAUGCCCAGCUGCGCUGGAAGAGGAGAGAACAGGAAGAGAUCAAUGACAGCGACUCCAGCUCGGACUGUUCAGAUGACGAGGUCAUUAUCCAUGGAUGGUCAGAACCCGUAGAGACGCGGCCCAUUCUCUCAGUCCAGCGUGCCGCCAAUUUAGACCAAUUUGACAUUGUCGAGAGAGUCGAGAUGGGACAAAUGGCCUCCAUGUUUUUUAAUAAAGUUGGUGUCAACAUGUUCUACAUCUGCAUCAUCGUGUACCUGUAUGGAGAUUUGGCCAUUUAUGCCGCUGCUGUACCAGUAUCUCUUAUGGAAGUAGCUUGUGGGAAUUUCUCAUGCAGUGCAGGGAGUGUGAAAUACAAUGAUACAGAGUCAUGCUGGGGACCCGUAAGACGUAAAGACGCCUACAGAGUGUUUCUGGCUAUCUUCACACUGUUUUUGGGGCCCUUCGCCUUUUUCAAUGCACAGAAGACCAAAUACCUCCAGAUCCUCACCUCUGUCAUGAGAUGGAUUGCAUUUACCAUGAUGAUAAUCCUGGCUUUGAUCCGUAUCGGCAAGGGGCACGGUGAGGGCCACCCACCUGUGGCACAGAUCUCAGGAGUGCCCAACCUUUUUGGGGUUUGUGUCUACUCUUUCAUGUGCCAGCACUCCCUGCCUUCACUCGUGACGCCCAUCUCCAAUAAACGACGCAUGAGCGUCCUGGUCAUGGCCGACUACAUCCUCAUCCUGUGCUUCUACAGCCUUCUAUCCUUCACAGCUAUCUUUUGCUUCGAUAGCUCCCUGUUGCGUGAUAUGUACACGUUAAAUUUCACAGAUAACUGUGACGUACUGGGAAUUCCAGUGUUGCGCUACUUCCUGGGUCUCUUCCCGGUCUUCACCAUAAGCACCAACUUUCCCAUAAUAGCUGUCACUUUACGCAACAACUGGAAAACUCUCUUCCACCGGGAUGGCGGCACCUACCCUUGGGUGGUGGACCGCAUUGUGUUCCCACUCAUUACUCUGGUGCCGCCCAUCAUUGUGGCGUUUUGUACCCAUGAUCUGGAGGCACUUGUGGGCAUCACUGGGGCGUAUGCCGGCACAGGCAUUCAGUAUAUCAUCCCAGCCUUCCUCGUAUACUUUAGUCGCCGUCAUUUAGAGCCUGUGCUUGGAAGGGAUGCCGUAAAUAAACACAAGUCACCGUUCCGGCACACAUUCUGGGUGUGGUUUGUGAUAUUGUGGGCAACGUUCUGUCUAAUGUUUGUUACGGCUAAUAUUGUCCUUACCAAAACCAAGAACUGAAUAUAAAUACAUUUUCUUUGUCCAGCCAUUUUUUAGUUGAAGGGUUGAAGCCUUACUGGUUUGUUGUAAGAUUAUACUUAGAAACGGUGACAUUAGCUGAAAUUCAAUUCGGUGUUAAUUGAAAAAUGUUUAAAACGGACCAAAAGUAGUUUUGGAAUUACUUUAAGAGAUUGCUUUUGUUAGGAAAACAAUGGAAAGGCAAGGAGCCUUAAUGUUUGUUGUCUCACAAAUCCACAAAUCCUAUUAGCAGAACUGUAACCAUUCUAAAACCAUGGAGUGGCUACACUUACUCGUUCGAAACUUGUUUGAGUCUUUGUUGUUUUUUCUUGUGUCAUUCUUAGUCGGGUGAAUCUCACGGGGGAAAAAAAUCAUAUUUCACACCAAAAAAUGUAAAUUAAGAAAUUGUAUUUUGCAUAUUGAAAAUAAAGCCUAUUUAUAGGACCAUUAAGAUGUUAUGCAAUGUGACAUUUUUGACAAUAGAGCAUGUUUCUCUCUCCAAAUAUUAAUUAUUGUAAUUCAAAUGUAAUACAAUUAUUAUUUUAAUUAAAAUAAUGGCUCCGUCUGAAAUAAUUACAGAUCGUUAGCGCUUCACGGCUGGCAUUUUCAGUGCUCCUAACUGGUGGCUGACACCUCGCCGUGUCUCCUGCGGUGACUGAUGGUGAUUCAGACCUUGAGUUCAGUCUCAGUUCAUCAGCAGAUUGAUAGAGGCAUUGAAUCCUUUCAUAUGUUCUCCAUGUACUGACAUCCUGCUGGUUCUCAAACGGACCCUUUGGGAGACAGGAGUGGAAGACAAUCCAGAUAUUGAAUGGAUGCGUCAGCCUCAUGAUCUAUAGAGACAGAUGUUUAUCUCAAUCAAUAUAGAGCACCUUAUGCCUAGAAGGAGACACUCGUUUAUACAUGUGUGUCAGUUAUCAAUGUAACUUACUCUACGAAAUCGGGGGGGGGGGGUGGGGUAGUUGUUUUGUGUUGUCACAAAGCUCAUUUGUUUGUCAUUUAACAUGAUUUCCUUUGUAUUUUAGACAGUGGUUGAUUUGUUUGAUCAUCGGUGACUUGUUUGGCACUAUAAACUGAUUGCUGCUCUCUAUGAGAGUGCUGCCACCUGAUUUAAAUGAAAAUGGCAUCAAAACCAAGACUGGUCUAACCCAAGGCAUUCUGUCUCUACUUAUGGUUUUGUGUUCAAACGGAUAUUGAUUUUGAGGGAAAUACGUCAGCAUGAUGUUUUGUGGACAGAACGGAAAUCUCUUUUUCUAUUCAGUUCUUACUCUGAUACUGUUUUCUAGAAACAUUAAACUGUGAAGAAUUGUAAUUGGAGAUAGUACAUGCAUUGGCAUUCAUGUCUCCCUAUUAAGCACAAAAAAAGUAAUUUCACUUGAGUGAAAUGGUAGAGUAUUACCAAAUUAUGCUUGUGUAAUAUGUCAAUGUCUGUUUUUCAAUUAAACAAAUGUGCCUUCUUUCCAGGGAUCUUCUUAUGUUUACCUGAAUGGUUAUAUCUCUCUUUCUGGUUUUUCUCUGAUAUCAAAAUGUCUUUCAUGCCUUGGUGUUGUGUAGCCCAUUAAAAAUACUUGCAUGUAAGUCUCUUCAGAUACAAGACAAUCACUGUCUACCAAUGUCUCGUUAAAAUUAACAUGGAAAUAAACAUGAAAUACUCUUUGAUCCUUGA